CUCGGCUUCCUCGUCGAUUGCUGUCGUCAUCAUGGUCCUAGAGCCGUCAGCAAACAAAAGCAAUCACCGAGUCUCGCAGUAAAAGCAUUCCAGCUUUGAGGAUCAACUGUUAAUGUCCCAAUUCUGAAUUAAAGAUGAGCUCUCCUCAGCCUGGCAGCCCACCUCUAGCAGAACAAUACACUCCUGUGCAAGAUGAGGAGAACAAGCAGGAGGAGGAGGAUCAGCCUGCUAAAAAACGCGGCAGAGGGAGACCUCCCAAAACCAAACCUCUUUUCAAAUGCUCCACAUGCAGCGAGUCCUUCAAGAGUCUGUCAGCUCUGCAGAGCCAUAAGACCUCAGCGCACACCAAGGAACGUCCACAGCAGCACCACUCCUGCUCCGAGUGCACCAAAACUUUCAUGAGCAAGGCUCAGCUCUCAAAGCACGAGCGCACGCACUCCUCCCAGCGCCCCUUCCAGUGCCCAGAUUGUCACAAGGCUUACAAGACGGCCACAGAGCUGCGAAACCACAGCCGCUCGCAUACCGGGGAAAAACCUUUCGUAUGCACAGAGUGCGGCAAGGCCUUCAUGCAGGCUAUAUGUUUGAGGAUCCACAUGACGCAGCACAGUGGGGAGCGCCCAUACUCGUGUCGGCAGUGCUCCAAGAGCUACCCCACUUUAUCUAAACUGAAGGUGCACGAGCGCUCUCACACCGGAGAAAAGCCGUAUUUCUGUGCCGAGUGCGGCAAGAGCUUCGCCGAUCCGUCUGUGUUCCGAAAACACAGGAGGAACCAUCAGGGGCACCGGCCGUAUGCCUGCGAUGAGUGUGGCAAAACGUACACUGAGCUGAAGGACCUAAAAAACCACGAGCGCUCGCACACCGGAGAAAAGCCCUUCCUGUGCUCAGACUGUGGCAAGGCCUUCUCCCGCUCCUCCUCUCUGGCUUGCCACCAGCGCAUCCACUCUCAGAACAAACCCUACCAGUGCGAGCAGUGUGGGAAGGGCUUCACUCAGCUGUCCUCCUACCAGUCUCAUCUCCGCACUCACUCAGGCGAGAAGCCGUUUCUCUGUCCACAAUGUGGCAAGAUGUUCUCCGACCCCUCCAGUUUCCGCCGACACCAGCGUGCCCACUUGGGUUUCAAACCUUACCCUUGCGACAAGUGCUCCAAGCGCUUUCGGCAGCCCGCCGACCUGGCGGUUCACGAGAGGGUUCACUCCGGAGAGCGGCCGUACAAAUGCCAGAGCUGCGACAAAGCCUUCGUCGCGUCCUGGGACCUGCGGCGCCACAUGCUCGUCCACACCGGCCUGCGGCCUUUCUCGUGCACAGAGUGCGAUAAGUCGUUCGCCGAGCGCUCGAGUCUCAACAAGCACCGGCGCGUGCACUCUGGAGAGAGGCCCUUCAAGUGUGAGGAGUGUCUAAAGUCGUUUGUAGUGUCAUCGAGUCUGCGUAAGCAUGAAAGAACCCACCUCACGGAGCAUUCUGAGCAGCAGCAGGAGGCCGAGGCUGCGUCCACAUCAACCUUCCCCGCCACCACCCUCCCUCAGUUCUCCUGCACCCACUGUGAUGCUACGUUUGGCUCCUGGGAGGAAGUUCAGACUCACGAAAACCUCCACUCCACUUCUCUGUCUAUCACAAAAAUCGUGUCGCUGGCGUCGCACGUGUGCGCGACCUGCCACGCGGAGUACGCACAACUGGCAGACUUGCAGGAGCACGAGAAGCAGCACCCAAAGCCAAGGCCGCACGUCUGCAGCAGCUGCGGCAAGGGCUUCCUCAACAAAUCCGGCCUGCGCAAACACCAGAAGAUCCACUCCACCAGCAAGCCCCACAGCUGCCCCCACUGCGGCAAAGCCUUCCUGUUCGCCGCCUACCUCCGCAAGCACUUACGGACUCACGGCGACGCGGCGCAGCCCGUCUCGGAGCCCGCCUCGCAGCUCAGCGAUCUGAACAUCAUCCACACGGAUCCGCUCCCCUCUCCUCCACCUGCCAGUGAAGCCUCUGCAGCUGAAACCAGCAGCAUGUCCCUCACAGUCCCCGAGCCUGCUUUUCACGCCCUCCCAGACUACCUAGUCAAAGAAGAAGGUCUUUAAAUCUUCACGUUUUGCCAUUUAACCCCCACUGACAUAAAACAAGUGGCCUUGGAUGAUUUCUAAAUGAUUUUUCUGGUUAUAAAACAGCUUUUUUAAAAGUUCACAGGUCAUGUAAAGUGUUUGUGCUUCUUCACUGUGUAAAAAUGGCUAAUACUGUAUUGUUUUUUAAUCUGUUUUGUAUUGUUAAUGUGUCAUUGUCAAUUGCUUACAAAAAUAUAUCCACAUAUAUUCAAACUACCUGUUAACCCAUAACAAGCACUACGUUUUUGCAAAAAGUGAAGUGUAAGUUUUAGAUGUUUGCUGUACUUUUGACGUCAAAGUUCAAUGCAGAGUUUACUGUGUGUUCUGAACAUUUCAAAUAUAUAAUUAAUAUGCUAUUUAAAGAAAAUGUGGCAAUUUUAAUAAACUAAGUUAACGUUGA